AUGGAGGCGGAGGCCUUUCUCAUGGACCAUGCCGCACAAGCCUUGGCUGGCAUAAGUCCGCGGGAUCUCAAUCCACCGUCCGCUGGCAAACCAGGACCCGUCUUCGAUGACCGCGACUACGACCUUUGCCAUCCCACCUACUCACACAAUUUCGCCAAUAAGGAGGCCGAGAUCUACGGCAUCCCCGUACCGCGAAUACCCAUUCCCCGUAUCUUGCUCGAAGAACCCCAGGACGGCGGCCAACCCGGUCCAGGCCAUCAACCAGGUCCAGGUCAGCAAUCAGGUCCAGGCCGUCAACGUUCGCUGAGUCCGCGAAACCUGCCAGCGAACCGAGAUCCGGAUCGGGAGACGGGCCGGGAUGCCGAAUCGGAGAAGCCGAAUAUGUUGCGAGCCGAGAGUCUUCGGGGAGGAAACGGCCUUGCCGGAACCGGAGGCAAUGCCGGAGUCGGACCCGUCCAGAACGGUCUCCCCGAAGUUUGUGGGGAUGCCCCUGAAAGAGGUAGUACUCCUCGAGGAGGUAAUACUCCUCGAGGAGGUAAUACUCCUCGAGGGGGUAAUACUCCUCGAGGGGGUAAUACUCCUCGAGGGGGUAAUACUCCUCGAGGAGGUAACACCCCCCGGUCGUUGUCACCUCGUGGUAGCUCCCAUGGGAGCACUCCAGCACCUCCAGAAUACAAACAGAUCACAGCCGCUCUCAAGGUUAUGCAGAACAUACCUACCGACUUUAAUGAGGCUAUGCCCGCCGCAGCUGCACUUGAACAGGAGGACUUCAGUCGCAGACGCUACAGCGACUAUCGGCACAGCUUUGAACUGCCCACCAUUAGUGCGCUACUUAAGACUAAAAACGUUACUGACUUCCUGCCCCAGUGA